CUAGUACCUCAAGAAUGAAGUGAAAUAUCUCCUGAGAAAAUAAAUAUUUAACAGUGCUGCCUCGAUUUAUAAUAAUUUUUGUUUUGAUAUUGUGAUUCAGGGAUUUGCUAUAGAUUUGUAUACAGAAUCUUUGAUAGUGCAAACUUGAUAGACGCUGUCGACAUGGAGGAUAGCUGCCGUAUUUGCUGUAAAUCGGAUCCUUUUGAACCAGUUCGACUGAAUUCAUGGUCCGAUAUUCUGGAGUCUACCAUAUCUGAUAUGUUUAUGUACUGCACUCAACUGGAGGUGUCCACUGAAGAUCAAUUACCACAGCAGAUUUGCAGUCAAUGCUUAGGGAAUCUUACGGUGGCAUUUGAAUUUCGAAAACUAUGCCGCCAAUCGGAUGCUGCACUCCGGGGGCUAAUUCGGAAUAAGAAACCUUUGAAUCAUCCAACUGUUACUAUACCAUUUACAUCAACACAGAAAUAUGGGCAAUCCUCAAUACAUCUUUUGUCGGAUAAGGCAUCCACAGAAGAGUUACCGUGUUCUACUAUUCCCUUGGAAUCGGAGUUAGAACUAUCAGGAAAUAAUUUACCGAACACAUCGGAAGCGAACAUGCUUGUAUACCAUUGUUGCAUUACCCGAUGCAAAUGGAAAACCAAGGAAUACAACAAGCUGAGAGAGCACGCCGUCAAAAUUCACAGGGCCAAAAGAGCCGGGAACGAGCUGGGAAGGCAUGCGAAUCACCGUUUUACUUGCUCAAUCUGCAUGUGCGGAUUCAGCAGCCGAACGCAGUGGAAAAUUCAUCAGGGGUUUAUCCAUGGAAAUCAAAGACUGUACAAAUGCACUACAUGUGGCGAAUCAUUCGUUUCUGAUGAGCAAUUGACCACGCAUGACGCCGUUGGAUGCCAGGUAGACGCUAACAGGCCAAAUAAAGCAAACAACGAAAACGUAGACAUAUCGAUUGAAGCUAAUCUGAUUCGGAGGAUACUGGAUACCAAUGAGUCGGACAGUCUCUUGCGUAUCAGCUCGGAAGAGCAAAAAAUAGUACAAAAUGGAAAAUUACUUAGUCGAUUGAACAAAAAUGAGUUGAGGCACUUAUUGAAACAAAUCAGAUUGUAUUUUGUCUGCGAAAAUUGCAGCUUCAAAGCGAAAAACAUACAUCUUAUACGAACCCACUUGGCAAUUGGAAAGUGUGCGCAAGGGUACUACUCCGCCUUAGGAUUUUGCCAAGUGUCUAUGCGCAAAAUACAGCGCAUGGAAUGCGAGACAUGCGGCUACCAAUGUAUUAACACCAGCAAUGUUCGGCGACACCAAGAAAAGAAUAAUCAUUAUGGGAUACGGCGAUCGGUCAUAGCCCGUCCGAUAGCGAUGAGAAACCUUCCAUGUGAAUAUUGCGGUAAAGUGUUGACAACUGCGGGUAAUCGAAAAGCUCAUAUAAGAAGAUGCUCACGCACUAUUUUUAAAAAAGAAACUAAAAAUCAUCCAUCGGAAGUCGCUGAUACUGUUCCAAAACAUACUCACGAACGUGACGACAAUCGAGAACGUGGUAUUAGCAGGUGCUUGAGGACUACUAGUGAGAAUGAGGACCUUAGCCAUUCAUCUUUAUCUACGACGAAAGGCCGAAAUAAAAGUUCAACCAAUAUACUUGAAGGACAUUGCUUGUCAAAUGAAUACGAUGAUCAUCAGACGGAGGAACCAGUCGUAUCGGAAAUCAAAAUUGAAGAAUUUGAUGCAUUGGACAUUUUCAAUGAAUCUACCAAUGGAGGAGAAUCGGAAAUGGAACCAGAGACAACCCAUCCCUCUCCUGUCUUGCAGGGGGAACAUGUAUCGAAUGACGAACCGAGAUCAUGCAUGAUUUGCGGCUAUAGUACCAACAAAGUAAGCAACCUGAAACGACACUUUCCAAGAUGCAUUAAGAAAGUUCCGGCCGAUCAGUCGAUUUACUUUCGUUCGAUGAUAGAACGCGAGUUGGCCAGCAGACGUAAGAAGGCAUUACCGCGCUCGUGUGACAUUUGCGGAUAUUCCAGCAAGAAAAUCGGAAAUUUGAAUCGACACGUAAAAAGAUGCGUGGAGAAGGUUAGGCUGAAAUAAAAUGUCGAAAAACGAA